AAAGAAACAUUUGCGCCAGCUGCAUGCAGAAGAAACGUGCGAGGUUAGAAUCACUUCAAGCAGAAUUGCUUCGACUUAUCGAAAUAGUAGAGGAGCGCAAAAGGGCCGAGUGCUGCCCAGCAUAGUAUGGUAGAAAAGGAUUAAAGCUUUCUGCGAGUCCAAUUCUACUUCUGUGCACUUCGUUCUUUCUUUUUUUAUAGUAAUCCAUGGAUAUCUACAUUGCUAAACAAUCUACUCUAACGCUUUUUUUCUUUUUUUUUUAUACACACAGGAAUCACGCAGAAUGUGUUCUUUUAUUCGGCGUUCUACAUCAGCGUUCAUCUGUCACACGGUACGUAGUUCCUAUGACAGGAGUUGACUUCAUGCAGGGUGCGAUGAAAACGGGGUUACAUAUGCCGUAUUUUCGAGAAUACACUUUCGUGGUUGUUGUGUUCACUGCAAAUGGUGUGUUUGCUGCCAAUACCACUGGAAUCUGGCGUCACGAAAUAAACUUUUGACAUGGACGUCCGAUCGUAUAGAAAUUAUCGUCCGGAGCAGUGCAAGUGCCUGCUUCAUGGAAAGCCUAACCCCACGCAGGUUUUUUUUUUUUUUUCUGAGCCUCAUCUGAGCUAUUAAGCUUUACCUCAAAACUACCCAGCUAAGAUAAUAACGAGUCAUUAAUUUAAUGCAUGCAUUCAUUUAUCGUUGCGCUGAUUUAACUCGGACAUAUUAUUUCCACUGGGCCAAAGGCGAAUGUGACGACGUGAGUCACACUGUUGAAGUGAUAUAGAAACAUUCACGUGGUGACUCAUUGAAUAAAUAUCUAAGACAGAAUAGGCGGGGCGUGAGGUUCCAUCUAAGUUUUGGCACCGCAAACUUCGGACCUAUGACUCAUCACGACAACUCGGUGCCCAGUCACAGAGACACAAAAAAAUGGCCUAUAAAAAUGACAAAAAAAAAAGAAGCAUACGAAGGCAUCCGAGCAGCUCAAUUAUAUCAACUCCCUCCUCAAACCCGGUUGUACACAAUAAAAUUUUCCCCCGCACCCACACAAUAAGAUCUCCUUUUCUUCCUGACGCUUUUGAAGUGUCAGGAAUAUCACUUUAUCGUACGUGAACCUCCUAUCACGACUUGGUCUUCGCCGGCUGCAUAUGGUAACCACAUCUCCGGUGCACUUCACUUUGAUCCGGGCUUGAACUGCAAAAGUUCGCAGAAGUGUGCAGCCAGGCGUGGGAGAGAAGAGAAGAAAGUAGACAAGACAAGCUUUUAGUUGUCUCAAGAUAUUUUCUCUUCCUUUUUCUUUUUUUUUUUUCUUUUUUUUCUCCUGACAUCUCAUAGCGCUGAAGUCACGGGGGUCGUUAGUCAUGGUAAACAGGCUCGGUGGUUCACCCCCGCUCAUCCCUUUACACGACUCUCUUCCUUAACAGCGCGAAGAGAUUAGUCGUCCCCUCAGCCCCUACGCACAAAAGGAGCGGCCUGAAGUUGCUAGUGCCGUGAGUCAUUCACGCGGAAGCACAGCGUGCGAGGUUUGGCGCGUUUCUUUGGAAGGGCGCGACCACUUAUCACUCGUCACCCAACAACUGCCCGUUCGAUACAAAGUCUACAAUCGGUCGAAGAAUCCUGAGAAAAUCGGGGCGAUAUCGCCGCAUACUAUUUCGACCACGGAUCUAUACGUUGGCGCGUGUAGGCGGUGCGGCGUCGUUUCCUUUGGUUCGCCAUUUGACGAGCCUCCGUCGCAUGAGUCACACCAGAAGCACAGCGAGACAUAAAAAGGCGCACUGCCCGGCUGCCGUGGGUCGCUUGGAAGAUUUCGAAGCAGACGCACACGCCUGUGUCCAGCAGGCAGCCUCGAAACUCGAGCGCACGCGGUUUAAUACAACCGGUUAAGCCGACGACGAUUCCUGGCUUCAUCAACUGGGCCCGUUCCACCAUGGUGUCAGCGCGGUGUUUCGUCGGUAUCGCGUUCGCCUCUUUCGUAGCCAUCACCAGUGCACAGGGGCCCACCUUGCCAACCUCGCACCCUGCAGCAACAAGGCAUGUUACCACAUCGCUGCUCGAGAGAGAGCAGAACUCGACUGGCGAGAGAGUGUCGUCACAGCAUGGAGGAAGGCGACCUGUCAAAGAGGUCAUGAGCGCUGGCUGCCGUAAGCGAGUCCUGUGCGAGGCCGCUCGCACCCUCACCGACAUGUUCCCCAUUUCGGGUUUCUGGCAAGGAAUCGUCAAAGGAAGGCCGCAUCCGAGAAACGCAUACUUCGCAGCGUGGUCCAGGGGCCUGCAGGACAACAAAUGCUCAGACCUGUACCCCGACUGUUCGGACAGUGCCGCUGGCGUGGUGCUGCCGCUGGUCAACGAGGCCGUGGGAACCAAGGGAGUUGUGAGCUCAUUCAUCGAACGCCUGUCCGCCCCCGCUGCAUCCCACGUUCCCAGGGAUCCCGGUGCUCCGCGACCUUCGCUGGUCAUGGAGAAGCUGCGGCAGUACAGACGACGCACGAACGCCGACAGGGCUCGCGCUAUGUCCGAUGUAUCCACACCACCUCAAGUAUAAGUUCACUUGGCAUUUCAGGAAAGAAAUACAAGAUUGAGUACUGUACAUAUGCACACAUACCAAUGUAAUACGUCGCUUCGUCGAUGAAUAAUAAAAGUUCGCAGCCUUCAGCGACUUCUCCGGCUAUCAACUCAUUUACUGCUACAGAAGGAGCUUCUCAAAGUGGGCAUCGACAUUUCUUUUUUUUUUUCUUUUCAAGAACUACUUCUUCGCGAUGCACACAGCGCUGUCCUUGACGGCUACAGUAUUGUGCCUGUUAUGGCCUCCGAAAUACGUGAACAGUCGCCCCUCCCGGAGUCUGCGUUUGUGCGCAGAACGCCACACAAAUCGCCAUGCGUGAAAGCCUCGCGAUAGCGCAAUGCAUGGCUCGCGCGUACAGCAACUCCACAUCGCCGCGUAGGCACGAGUUCAAAUCCCACUGGUAGUGGACG